UAAGCUUCUGGAGAUAUCUCAGCAAACUGAUCUCCUGGGUAUGAGCCCAAUCUGUUUUGGGGAAAUUUCCUCUCCCCCCACUCCUUCCUGGACCCCAUCUCAUCAAGCUCUUUUCCUAUGCUGUUUUCUUUUUCCUCUGGGCCCCUUUUAAACGGAGGUAGAUGGUCUCUUGUUCCCCACUGCCUUUAGCUUUUUCCCUCUCUAGCCUCCAUGGCAGCUCAAGUUCCAAGCCCCAACUCACCCCUCCGGCCAGAGGACCUCCUGACUGAUGCAUCAGGCCCCCUUGGGCGGAGCCAAGGGACCUUCUCAGAGGUGACCUCGCAGCUUUAUGCUUCCUUGCGGCAAAGCCGAAGGGCAGAGGCCACUGCCAGGGCCAAUCUAUACCUGGCCUCCAACUCUCCAACCCCUCCUGAGGAGCUUGAGGGCCUAGCCCAAGAGCUGAGCCGAAGCCUGUCAACUGGGGUGGAGACCAGCUCACAGAGAAAGGGAGGCUCCCAGCAUAUCUUGGAGAUGGAAAGUGUACGGGGUCACCUCCAAAGCAUGCUCCAAGCUUCUAGGGACACAGCUCCUCGGGAUAACCUUGUUCCAGGUACUGUCCCAGAGAGGCGAGAAGAGGAUUCUUUUGACAGUGACAGCACAGCCACCCUGCUGAACACCCGACCCCUCCAAGAGCUAUCUCCACCUAGCUCAGCUCCAGCCCUGGAGGAGUUGUUCCCUCGCUAUACUAGUAUCCGCCCUGGGACCCCUCACUAUUUUCCUGAUCUGCAGGGACUGCGAGAUGCCUUGGACACAGAACAUACCCGCCGCAGACACUGUGAGCGCCACAUCCAGAAUCUACAGACCCGUGUGUUAGAACUGCAGCAGCGGUUAGCUGUUGCUGUGUCUGCAGACCGAAAGAAAGAUCUUAUGAUUGAGCAACUGGACAAGACCUUGGCUCGUGUGGUAGAGGGCUGGAACCAACAUGAGGCUGAGCGGACAGAAGUGCUUCGGGGGCUGCAAGAGGAGCAAAAGAGUGCUGAGCUUACUCGAAGCCAGCAACAAGAGACUAUUGCUCACUUAGAAGAGAGUCUAAAGCAGACCAUGGAAACCCUGAGUCGGGAGCAGGAAGAGGCCAACCAGCAACAACAGGAGCAAGAGACACUGAAGGAAUCUCGACAAGCUUUAGCUCGGAGCUUAGAGCGGGAACAGCAGCGGUGUCGGACUCUACAGGAGGAACGGGAUGAGGCACGGACAGAACAGCUGAAUCAGCAUAGAGAGCUGGAAGCACUUCAAGCUGCCUUGGAUGAAAAGCACCAAGCCUGGACUCAGCGUGAACGCCAGUUGGAAGAGCGCUGUAAGAGUCUACAAGAGGAGGGCCGGAUCCAACUGGAGAGGGAGCAGGCAAACUCUCAGCGGGAAGUGCAAGCAGCCCGGGAGGCUCAGCAGCUCCUGGCCUCUGUUCAGUCUGAUGUUCGGAGGUUAGAAGAGGAAUUGGACACAGCACGGCGAGAAAGAGAUGCUCUACAGCUGGAAACCAGCCUAGUUCAGGCCCGGUUUGAAGCCCAGCGAGUACAGAUGGAGUCAGAGCUUGCUAUUUUGCUAGAGCAGAGAGUGACUGAUCGACUGGCCCAAGUGCAGGAGAGUAGCCUUCGUCAAGUGAGCAGUCUUCGGGAACAACACAGGAAACAGUUACAGGACUUAACUGAGCAGCAUCAGCAGGAACUGUCUAAUCAAUUAGAUCAGUUCCAGGUGGAGUUGUCAGAGCGGGAUGAUCGACAUCAGCAGGUGUCUCAAGACUAUGAGCUCAGAUUGGCUCGUGAGCAGGCCAGAGUACGGGAGUUACGGAUGACACACCGGCAACUAGAAGAGCAGCGGGUAGAGCUAGUGGAGAGAUUCCAGGCCAUGCUUCGGGCUCACUGGGAUGAGGCACACCAGCUGCUCAGCAACACAACAUCUUCUCAGGUCCCCCCACCUGGUACUCCCAGUUCUUUGGCCUCUGGUCCUAGAGAUCCAGAGAAAGAGAGGAGAGCUUGGAGUAUGCCUCCUGCAGCAGUGGCCCUGAAGCCAGUAUUGCAGCAGAACCGGGAGCCAAGGGAGGAGCUUCCUGGAAGUCUCACCCACCCUUGUACACCCUCACCUGAUCUCAGCCUUCUGCUGGGCUCUAAUUUCCAGAGUCAGCACAGCUUUGAGCCUUUGGAACCCAAAGCUGAUCUUACUCCCCCCUCAGCAACCGUGAGCUUUCCUCCUGAGCACAGAGCAGAACGGCCUUUCCCUGAGGCUCUUGGGGCUAGGGGAGAAGGGUCCCUGGAACAAGGCUUAGCCCCUCCACAGCUGGAAGAGCUGAAGCACUAUCUACACCAGUUCUUGGAACCAAUGCCCCAGAGCUGUGUGAGUCCUACCAUGGAUCUGCUGCCCCCUAAACCUGGUCCCUUGAUGGUCCCACCCUGGGAGGAAGCCCCUCCACUACCACGGCCCCCACCUCCUGUCCACAAAACCAAAGUGCCACUGGCUAAGGCAUCCUGUCUUUUCCGGGUACCUGAGCCCCCUCCAACUUCUCCACAAAGCUAUAGCCAUGGAGGUUGCUCCCCAGAGAGAGGUGGGGAGGGGAGACCAAUAUCCCCCCGGCAGCUGACAGAACUAUCCAGGCUGCUUCGACAGUACCAGGGCCGAGGCAAUGGGAUCUCAUCGACUGAGGAUCUUCUGCUUUACCUAAGAGGGUCAGAGAAUAGCCGAGUUGAAAAUCGAGGAGAUGGUAUCCCCAGAAGGAAUACAGAGGCACGCUUGGGCGAGGUUCUACGGAAAGAGGUUCCUUCUCAGGCCUCAUCCCGUCGCUCUACUAGUACUCAUAAGGCUGAGAAACCAGUGGGCAGGAAGAAAAGUGGCCAUUCUGCACCAGGCAGUGGUAGGAGUCGAGGUGGAAUCUGGAGAUAGCCCUUCUACUCCC